AUGGCGGAGGCGCCAGAGGGAUCCGGGCGGCGCGGCAAGAGAGCGGGGACCGGGACCGAGGAACCGGCGGAGGCGGAGCCCGAACGGGACAGGCGGCCGCGGAGGAGCUUCCAGCCGGCGGCGGAGUCUCGGGGAACCACCGUCCUGCACGAAACCAUCAGCACCCGUCCGCAGCCCCUGCCAGCGAGGUACUUCGACACCAAGACAACAGAGCCCAUCAGCUUCUUCUUGUCUGGCCUGGAGGAGCUGCUGUCCUGGCAGCCAGACCCCAACGAUGAGUUCAACGUCUCCACUGUGCCACUAGCAAAGCGCCAGCCCCCGCUCCACACCAAGAGGCCCCGGACACUAGUGUGCCAUGACAUGCGUGGCGGGUACCUGGAGGACAGGUUCAUCCAGGGCUCAGCCACACGUAACCCCUAUGUCUUCUACCACUGGCGGUACAUUGACAUCUUCGUCUACUUCAGCCACCACACUGUCACCAUUCCACCCGUGUGCUGGACCAAUGCGGCGCACAGGAACGGCGUCCCCAUGCUGGGCACAUUCAUCACGGAGUGGAUGGAUGGGGGGAAGCUGUGCGAGGCAUUCCUGGCCAGUGGAGAGGAGGCGUACAGCGCUGUGAGCCAGCAACUGGCCCGCAUCGCCCAGCACUACCGCUUUGAUGGCUGGCUGAUCAACAUAGAGAACCCACUGAGUGCAGCAGCGGUGCAGAACCUGCCCCACUUCCUACGGCACCUCACGGCGCAGGUGCACCAUGCUGUGCCGGGGGGGCUGGUGAUCUGGUAUGACAGUGUCCUGCAGAACGGCUCACUGACAUGGCAGAACGAGCUGAACAGGCAGAACAGCGUGUUCUUUGAUGCCUGUGACGGGCUGUUUACCAACUACAACUGGAAGGAGGAACACCUGGAGCGCACACGCAGGAUGGCUGGGCCACGCCACGCUGAUGUCUAUGUUGGUGUUGAUGUUUUUGCCCGUGGGGAUGUGAUUGGUGGUGGCUUAGACACUUACAAGUCCCUGCGCCUGAUCCGCCAGCACAGCCUCUCCGCAGCCAUCUUUGCUCCUGGAUGGGUCUAUGAGCACCUGGGGGAGGAAAACUUCCUUCACAAUGAGAACAAGUUCUGGGCCUUGCUGGCUGAGUACCUGAACACACACAGUAUCUGCACCCUGCCCCUUGCCACCUCCUUCAGCCUGGGUGCAGGCACCAGCAGGUUUCUGGAUGGGAAGGAGGAAGAAUCCGGGCCGUGGUACAACCUGAGUGCACAGGAGAUCCAGCCCCUCUACCCGGAGCAUGAGGGUUGGCUGAGCACCAGCUGCUGCUUGCAGGACGCCUGGUGUGGGGGCAGCUCCCUGAAGGUGCACGGGAAAAUCCCCCCUGGCGAGGAUCACGUAGCCACCCGCCUUUUCUCUUUCCAGAUGCCGGCGCCCCCCAAGCUCUUCCUGACCCUGCUCUACAAGCUGGAGGGGCCGCACGCCGAGGAGCUCUCUGUUGCGCUGGAGCUCACCACCUGGGACUCGAGUACCUGCCAUGCGGACGUCACCUCCCUGCCUGAACCCAACGGCCGGCACCAUCCCCGGUUCCUCCCGAAGCCGCCGCCCGGCCUCGCCAAGCUGCUCGCCGCUUACCACCGUGGCUCCCACGGCUGGACCAGCCGGUGCUACGAGCUGGACCUGCAGAACUGCGGUCUGCGAGACCUGUCCCUCCUGGUGUCCCGCCACCAGCCCAGCCCGCAGGACACUCCCUUCACCUGCCUCCUCGGGGAGGUGCGGGUGCUGGACGCGGCCAGCGUGGCGGCCGCCCCGCCGGAGGUGCAGAACCUGUCGGCCUCGCAGCUCUGGUGGCAGGAGGGCCCCGGGCCGGGGCAGCUCUCGCUCAGCCUCACCCUGCGCUGGGCUUUCCCGCCCGGACGGGGCAGCUGCUUCCGUCUUCUCAGCCAGGGCGCCCGCUGCCGCCGGGACCAGACGCCGGUGCAGUUCCUAGGGCUGGCUCACGGCUGCUUGUACCGCGCCGUAGGGUUGCUGGUGCCGCGGCCGGAGGCCGGGCAAUCCUGCCGGCUGGAGCUGCUGGUGGAACCGGUGCUGCGCGACGAGCUGCCCGUGGACCCCGAGCGCUGGGGCCGGCUGGUGCUGGUCUACUCCGAACCGGCCGGCGGAACCAACUGGGACGGGCGUUAAAGCCCUCCCUGGGGGGAAACGCUGAGGGGCUGCCCAGGGACCUUCCAGCUCCUGCAGUUCUCGCUGCCUGCAAGCUGCCUGCACCCGCACCCAGGCUGGGGGCGGGAGGGGAAUGCCACGAGAUCACCCCCAGCACCGCAUCUGCUCUCCGUGGAGACCAGCCCCGAGGAGCAGCCCAGCCCACGCAGCCGCUGUGCCCGUCCCCUGCGGACCCACCUCAGCAGAGCCCGGCCCCCUGCCCCUCCCCGGGGUUGGCAGGCGGCGGCUGCGCCCGAGCUUCUGCCGAGGAGAGAAAAAUUAUAGCAGCAAUUAUUUUCUCACAGUCUGGUGCACAAGCAAUUAGCAGGCAGGGAGGCAGGAGAGCACGUUGCACAGCAGGGUCACCCAGCCCCGACCCCCCCAGCAUCCACCCCAGUCCCACCAACAAUGCUGGCUCCCGAUCAGGAAAAUUAAUAUGUCAGCAGUUAAGCUGCUGCUUCUCCGUUGGGGGACUCGUUCAGAAAUGAAUUACCUGACGGUUUGAAAAACGACAGGCGUGGUGCAGCCAGGGGAGAGCUCCUGCCACGCCAGCACCCCACUCCUUUGAUACGGUGAGGCUGGGGUCCAAGUGGACCCCCCCUCAUCUGCUGCAGGCUGAAGCCUCCUGCCCAGAGGUGUGCCAGGACAGCCAGGGCCACCAGGACAGCCUUGGCCCUACUCACCAGUCAAAACGUGAGUCGCCCUGGUUGAAGAAAGAAAUCUUUAUUAAUAAUUUCAAUAAUAAUAAUAAUC